GGGGCGCGGGGAAAGCGCAUGAAGGUUCCAGAACGCGGGGCCGGCGGGCGCGCUACGCCCUCUUCCGGCGCGCGUCACGCACGGCGUGCACCAAUCAGCGCCGGGUAGGGGGGCGGGAUCCGCGCGCUGAUUGGUCAGAGCAGCGAGAAGGGGGCGUGGCCUUCUGGAAGGUUCUGGGUGGGUAUAAAAGGGCGGCGCGGCGGGCGCGGGGCAUUGAGCGAGCCGGAGCUGAGCUGAUACCCUGCCCAGUGUGUGAACGAGAGAGCGGGCCGGACUGCGGACAAGAUGUCGAAGGGACCAGCUGUCGGGAUCGAUCUUGGCACCACCUAUUCCUGUGUUGGUGUGUUCCAGCAUGGGAAGGUGGAGAUCAUUGCCAAUGACCAGGGCAACCGCACCACACCCAGCUAUGUGGCCUUCACAGACACAGAGAGGCUCAUCGGUGAUGCUGCCAAGAACCAGGUGGCCAUGAACCCAACCAACACAGUCUUCGAUGCGAAGCGAUUGAUUGGGCGCAGAUUCGACGACUCUGUGGUCCAGUCUGACAUGAAGCACUGGCCCUUCACUGUGGUGAACGAUGCUGGCAGACCCAAGGUCCAGGUCGAGUACAAAGGCGAGACAAAGAGUUUCUACCCAGAAGAAAUCUCUUCCAUGGUUUUAACCAAAAUGAAGGAAAUUGCAGAAGCUUACCUUGGAAAGACUGUUACCAAUGCAGUAGUGACUGUCCCAGCCUAUUUCAAUGACUCUCAGCGCCAGGCUACAAAAGAUGCUGGAACUAUUGCAGGGCUCAACGUCCUGCGAAUCAUCAAUGAGCCCACAGCAGCUGCCAUUGCCUAUGGGCUGGACAAGAAGGUUGGUGCUGAAAGGAACGUCCUCAUCUUCGACCUGGGCGGCGGCACCUUCGAUGUGUCCAUCCUGACCAUCGAAGACGGCAUCUUCGAGGUGAAAUCCACGGCAGGGGACACCCACCUGGGCGGGGAGGACUUCGACAACCGCAUGGUGAACCACUUCAUCGCCGAGUUCAAGCGCAAGCACAAGAAGGACAUCAGCGAGAACAAGCGCGCCGUGCGCCGGCUGCGCACCGCCUGCGAGCGCGCCAAGCGCACCCUGUCCUCCUCCACCCAGGCCAGCAUCGAGAUCGACUCCCUCUACGAGGGCAUCGACUUCUACACCUCCAUCACCAGGGCUCGCUUCGAGGAGCUCAACGCUGACCUGUUCCGCGGGACCCUGGACCCCGUGGAGAAGGCGCUGCGGGACGCCAAGCUGGACAAGUCGCAGAUCCACGACAUCGUGCUGGUGGGCGGCUCCACGCGCAUCCCCAAAAUCCAGAAACUGCUGCAGGACUUCUUCAACGGCAAGGAGCUCAACAAGAGCAUCAACCCUGAUGAGGCUGUGGCGUAUGGAGCAGCUGUGCAGGCUGCCAUCCUGUCUGGAGACAAAUCUGAGAAUGUGCAGGAUCUGCUGCUGCUGGAUGUGACUCCCCUGUCCCUGGGUAUUGAGACAGCUGGAGGGGUCAUGACAGUCCUGAUCAAGCGUAACACCACCAUCCCCACCAAGCAGACCCAGACCUUCACAACCUACUCUGACAACCAGCCUGGGGUGCUGAUCCAGGUGUAUGAAGGAGAACGUGCUAUGACUAAGGACAACAACUUGCUGGGCAAGUUUGAGCUGACUGGCAUUCCCCCUGCUCCCAGAGGGGUCCCUCAGAUCGAGGUCACCUUUGAUAUUGAUGCCAAUGGCAUCCUGAAUGUGUCUGCUGUGGAUAAGAGCACUGGCAAGGAGAACAAGAUCACCAUCACAAAUGACAAGGGCCGGCUGAGCAAGGAGGACAUUGAGAGGAUGGUGCAGGAGGCAGAGAAGUACAAGGCAGAGGAUGAGAAGCAGCGGGAUAAGGUGUCAUCCAAGAACUCCCUGGAGUCCUAUGCCUUCAACAUGAAAGCCACUGUGGAGGAUGAGAAGCUCCAGGGCAAGAUCUCUGAUGAUGACAAGCAGAAAAUCCUGGACAAAUGCAAUGAGAUCAUCAACUGGCUGGACAAGAACCAGACGGCCGAGAAGGAGGAGUUUGAGCACCAGCAGAAGGAGCUGGAGAAGGUUUGCAACCCCAUCAUCACCAAGCUGUACCAGAGUGCAGGAGGGAUGCCCGGUGGGAUGCCAGGAGGAUUCCCUGGGGGUGGAGCUCCUCCAUCUGGGGGAGCCUCCUCUGGCCCAACCAUCGAGGAGGUGGACUAAGGACACUGGGAAAUGCAUUCCACUAGCAGUUAGUGUUGGAGGAGACCCCCAGCAAGGCUGGGGGUUGGAGUGAAGGACCCAAUCCUGUAGGCACAUCUGGGUUUAUCUUGCCAGAUUAAAAACUCCAUAACUGAGCUGCUGUCUAAAGAAAAGAAAAAAUUAAAAUGGAACAAAAAACCAUUUUUUUUCUGGGCAUUUUAAAUACUUGAAAAUGUGCACAGGUGGGAGAUGAAUACCAUUGCACUUUACAGUACUGUAAAUGAGUGGAAAUGCAAUUCAUGUCCUAAAGAAUAAAAACUAUUUAAUGGGCAUCA